CCCGCGACGCGAUGCUUCUCGUCGGCAAAAGUAUAUUCCCCCCCAGCUUCCUCUCUCCGGCGCCGCUCGCCGCCUCCGACUCACCGGCACGACCGCGCGGCUCCACAUGGACGCCGGCGACCAGUCGCCGAAGGAGGUGUACUCCGUGUGGGCGCUCCCGCCCGAGCCCGUCCGCGCGCGGCUCCGCGGCGUCAUGGCCGGCCUCCGCGCCGCGCACGGCGGGCCGGCGUUCGAGCCGCACGCCACCGUCGUCGGGGCCAUCCGCCUCCGCCGAUCCGCCGCCGUAGAGGCGCUCCGCGCCGCCGCCGCCGGCGUCCGGCCCUACACCGCCCGUGUGGUCGGCGUCGCCCGCGGUGACUUCUUCUACCAGUGCAUCUACCUCCUCCUCGAGCCCACCCCCGAGGUGGUGGAAGCGAGCGAUCAUUGCUGUGGCCACUUUGGGUACGAGAGAUCAACCCCAUAUAUGCCACACGUCAGCCUCUUAUAUGGAGACCUGACAGAUGAGGAGAAGGAGGUAGCAAGGAAGAAGGUAGAGGAGAUAGACAAGGAGAUUUGUGGAUUGCAGUUUGAGAUCUCCGAGCUUGCGCUGUAUAGGACGGAUACCGAGGACAAAAGCUUGGAGUCAUGGGAAUUGGUGGAGAUCUGCCACCUUGAGAGGAAGUGAUUAAUCUCCUCCCGUUGGUGCUUCUGCCAUAAGUUAAGUUUGAGGUGAGUUUGUUCAAUAAUAAAGCUUGCCCAAAUGCAAAGCGAUGCCUAAAAUUUAAGUUUUGAGUUAUUCCUACUGUAAAAGUUACAUAUAUACAUAUAUAUCUUGGGUUCUUCCCAGAUAAUAUUUGUCUUAUUAAUUAUCUGUUGUACUGAUAACUGAGUUAUGUCAUAGACAAGCUCUGAUCAACUCUUAAUGUGUAUGCCACAUUAUCAUCACAUUUAGAGAUGCACUCUAAAUAUAUAGUGCUGCAUAUAGAGAUA